AUGAAUUCAACUCUUAAACAAAAUGGAAUUCGUGAAUUUAUCAAGCAACAUUGCAUUGAUAUUAUGCGUAUUUUGGAAACAAAGUUGGGGGAUCGAAAAUUGAUGAGAAUUUUGAGGAAUAAGUUCAAUGGCUUCGUGCGUGUCAAUAAUUUUGGAACUCAUAGAUCUGAACGGAUCUUGAUUUUGUGGAAUCCAUCCAAAGUAUUUUUGGAUGUGAUGGAGGUUCAUCCAGAAAUCAUUCAUUGUAAAGCUACUUGUAAGGUAACAUCUUAUUCAUUUCUUGUUAGUUUUGUUUAUGGAUUUCAUACUGUGGUUAACCGGAGGCCACUUUGGAAUAACAUUAUGGAGUUCAACGCUAAUGUCUCAUCACCGUGGUUGAUUCUUGGUGACUACAACAAUGUUCUUAAAUUUGAUGAGAAAUGUAAUGGGGCGGAUGUUACCCCUUAUAAAAUCAAGGAUCUUAUAAAUUGUUGCCUUCAUGUGGGUCUAAUGGAUGUGCGGUCUAUUGGUUGUUAUUACACAUGGACUAAUGGGUCGGUUUGGAGCAAAAUUGAUAGGGCAAUGGUCAAUGAUAUUUGGGUGCAAAAUAGGGCAUAUGUUGUUGCAAAUUUUCUACCCUCUGGUUGUUUUUCCGAUCAUUCCCCUUGCAUUGUUUCCAUUCAUGACGGUGUUGGGGGUGAAAAAAAACCUUUCAAGUUUUUCAACAUGUGGACUAAGCAUGUGGACUUCCAUGAUAUCAUUCAAGCUUGUUGGAAUUUUAAUGUGUUGGGGACAAAGCAAUUUAUCCUUUGCGAGAAAUUGAGCAAACUAAAGGGAGCUUUGAAGGAGUUUAAUAAUAAGCAUUUUGGGCACAUUUCGACUAGGGCAAAUGAGGCUAAAAUUGAAUUGGAGGCUGCCCAAUUACAAUUACAUAAUAGCCCAAGAGCGUGA